AUGCAAAUCGCCUCUUUAUUCAUUUUAUUCAUAGCAAACUCGGUGACGCUAUUUGGCGUGGGUAUCUUACUUAUUAGGAAUAUCUGGUCUAUCGGUGCCAAUGUAACGACGAUUGAGGGCUGGGAAAUUGAACGACACGAGACGCUAGUCUCCCGAGCCAAGAAGCAAGGCGGUCUCAUCUACGGCCCAAAUGGUAAACAAAUCAGAUUAAGUCAACAAGAAUUUCCGUACGAUAUUGGUAUCAUGAAGAAUGUGGCACAAAGUAUGGGUCGGAAUCCAUUAUUCUGGUUAUUUCCGCUCGGGCCCACCCCAUCCAAUGAAUCCGGGCUGUCGUUUGAGACCAAUGGCUUUGACGAUCGUCCUUGGCCACCGCCAGACCCAGACAGGAUAUCAAAACGCGUUGUUCUUCCAUCUUCAGAGGCUUUCACACGCGACGAGAACGAACAUAAUGCAGAGCAGCGAGUAACUGCAUUCCGCAAAAGGCAACAGGCGGAUUCCAGACGCUUGGAGAAUGGCGCCAACGUGAGCAAGCGAGCUACAGAUACACGCAAAGGAUCCACAUGGAAGGACUCCAAUGGAGAACGACUUGAUGAUUUUGGCGUUGACGAAGCCUCAGACUUUGACGAGGACGAUAUACCCCUCCGCGAGCUCCUCCGACGACGCACAGGCCACGCGAGUUCGCCACCUUGA